UAUAAUGGUGCGUGGAAACUCUCUCACCGAUGACUUAAGACUUUUAGUUAAUAAUCCUCAAUAUAGUGAUUUAGAAAUUAAAUGCAAAGAUGGUACUAUACUUUAUGGUAACCGUGCGAUCCUUGCCGCUCGCUCUGAAGUGUUUAAUAGAACACUCUUCACUCGAGGUUUCGAAACUCCUGACAAACAAAUUUCUUUUUCAAAAAUCGAAUCAUCGCACAUGAAUAUUGUUCUUGAAUAUCUAUAUACCGGAAUACUUCUUGAAAAAGAAAUUACAAUCGACAAUUCUUUUGAAGUUUUAUAUGCCGCCGAUUUCUUUCAAUUAGAGAAACUUCAGGACCUUAUUUCAGAACAUUAUAAAAAAAUAUGUACUGGCGAGGAGAUCGAAAAUAAAUCACCAGAGUUAUUAUCUAAGGCAGUUCAACUGAUGUCAUCUAAAGCCGAUAAUAGAACCAUUAGAUAUUUGGUAGAUUUGGUUUCCAGAAUUCCGUUAGACUCCGUUGAAUUGGAUAGAUUGUCUCUUCAAGGUUUACAAUGCAUGUUAUUAAAAAGAGAUGAAAAGAAAACUUUUGCAUCGAGUGAAUAUUCUGUUUUUCGAUUUGCAAUUUUGGCAGCUGCAAAAAACUUAUCCCAAGAAGCAUAUGUUGUUCUGGAAGAAAGGCUACCACUACAAAUAAUGGCUCAAGAAGUGUUUCAGACUCUCAACAAUGGUGAAUCGAUAAAGAAAGAAAUCAGUAAAUCAGUGGCAGAUAUUGUAAAACCUAUCGUAGAGUAUAUCGACUUAAGAAGGAUUGAUGCAGAGAUUAUUGAAAAAAUAAUCGAGCCAUUAGAUAUUGUUUCGUCCAGUAAAAUUAUAGAAGCAUAUCGAUUCCUAGCUCGUAAGAAUGCUCCACUAUCAGAAUUUUACGGAGUCCCUCUUUUUAUGUGGGAUCAAAAUAAUUGUGGUGCGGGUUUAGAAAUUAGUAAUAAUGGACGAAUAGUUAAUGCACCCAAUAUUGUUACUAGUCAUAGAAGC